CAACUUUUGUCGCGGCGCUGCUGCCGAGUUCCUCCUCACACCAGCUCCAUUCAUCCAGAGUCAAGAGAGGCAGCUGGAUGAUGUCACAUCCGCGAACAAGGGUCCGUGUUGUCUGAAAACGCAGCUCGGAUUUUCGCCGCAUGCAUGCACACAAACUUUUUCCUCCUUGCCAGUGCCGGUUUCUCCCCGCUGACCAUAUGGCGUGCUUAACGGGGACGAGUGACUGGAUGUGCCCCCCUCCUCCUCUUCCUCCUCCUUCUCAGGAAGACACGGUUUUUACCAGCGCGUAGUGGACGAGGUGCCGCGAUCCCACGGACCCAAACUUGCUUGAUUUUUCUUUCUUUAUUUGAUUUUAUUUUUUUGGUCGUGGAGGAGGCAGGAUGUGGUCUCUGUCCGUGGUGCUGAACCCACUGCUGUUCCUGCUGCUGUUCGGAUACUGCCCUUCAGUGACCAUCAGGCCAAAGGAGGGGUGGCAGGUAUACAGCUCAGCUCAGGAUGCAGAUGGGCGUUGUAUCUGCACAGUGGUGGCACCUGAACAGAAUCUGUGCUCCAGAGAUGCCAAAGGCAGGCAGCUGCGCCAGCUCCUGGAGAAGGUCCAGAACAUGUCGCAGUCAAUCGAAGUGCUGAAUCUGCGGACGCAGAGGGACUUUCAGUAUAUCAUGAGAAUGGAGAGCCAGAUCAAAGGACUGCGGUCAAAGUUCCGACAGAUCGAAUCGGACAGAAAGACGCUCGUCAACAAAAACUUUCAGGAGCUGAAGGGGAAGAUGGAGACCCUGCAGCCACUGAUCCCUGUAUUGGAACAGUAUAGGACAGAUGCCAAGCUCAUCUCCCAGUUCAAAGAGGAGAUCAGAAACCUGUCUGGUGUGUUGAUGGGUAUCCAGGAGGAGAUGGGAGCCUAUGACUACGAGGAACUGCAGCAGAGGGUCCUAAACCUGGAAAAUAGGCUCCGCAGCUGUAUGAGCAAACUCACAUGCGGUAAACUGAUGAAGAUCACCGGACCGCUGACAGUGAAAACUUCAGGGACCAGAUUUGGAGCCUGGAUGACUGACCCACAGGCGUCUCCCAAAAACAACAGGGUGUGGUACAUGGACAGCUACACCAACAACAAGAUAGUGAAAGAGUAUAAAUCAAUUGCUGAUUUUGUGGCUGGAGUCGAAUCCAGAACCUACAACCUGCCUUUCAAGUGGGCUGGAACCAAUCAUGUGGUGUACAACGGGUCUCUGUACUACAACAAGAUGCAGAGUAACAUCAUCGUGAGGUACAGCUUCGAGACAGGUCGUGUAGUCACACAGAGGGCUUUGGAGUCAGCAGGCUUCCAUAACGUGUACCCAUACACCUGGGGAGGUUUCUCAGACAUCGACCUGAUGGCAGACGAGCUGGGCCUGUGGGCCGUGUACGCCACCAACCAGAACGCCGGAAACAUCGUCAUCAGCCAGCUGAACCCCAACACACUCCAGAUCAUCAACACGUGGAACACAGAAUACUCAAAGAGGAACGCUGGUGAGUCUUUUAUGAUCUGUGGAACUCUCUACAUCACUAACUCCCAUCUGACCGGUGCCAAGGUAUACUAUGCCUACUCUACUAAAACCUCCACAUACGAGUAUACAGACAUUCCCUUUCAUAACCAGUACUUCCACAUGUCUAUGCUGGACUACAAUGCCAGGGAUCGUGCCCUCUAUGGCUGGAACAAUGGCCACCAGGUCCUGUUUAAUGUUACACUUUUCCACAUCAUUAAAACUGAGGAUGACUCUUAAAAGAAGGAACAUACUGUUCACAGGAAAGAUAGAGGAAAAAGAAAACAUAAAACAUUGAAGGUUGUGCCUGAAUGUUCUAACUCAUUUUAUUUAUUUUUUAAUGUAUUUCAUUUCCCUGAUUAAAUUUGCACAUUUGAUUUUAUUUAUAUAUUUAUUUAUUUACAUCAGGCUGUUUUUGUGUUUCCAUGUAAAGACUGAAAUGAUUCAUAUACUGUCACAGUGGAAAUGUGACACUUUGCCUAAAAAAUAAAUGUCAGCAUAACAUGUAAACCAGUUGAGUACAUUAUAAAACGUAAUGCACUAAAUGCACUAAAACAUAACACAUUUUGGAUUAAUAAUGGCACUUUUACCUUGUGACUUUUAGAUACCUAACAAUAAACUUCAAGUCAUUUCUGAAGCUCCUUUUUCACUCUAAUCUAAAAGAUUCACAUUUAUAAUAGUUUUCUCAUCCAGCGUUGCAUUCUUUCAGGCCCCCUCAUCUAUUCAUAUUUUGACUGUGUUCAUUAAUUGUUCGCUUUGUUUCUCUCCUUGCCAUUUAUUCAUCAUACUCUGCUAAUUUAUUCCUUCUUUUCACUGUCUCCAUUUAGCCUUCAAAUUUGUCAAAUCGCUUUUCCUUUGAAAAGUUUUGCGCUUGACCUUGUACAAGACAAUGAGAAAUGUGGUGAACCAUAAUGCACCUGUAUAGUUAAUGUACUUGGCUUUUUUUGUGUCACUGAAGAUUCUCAGUCAUCCAGGUCAUUGGAUAUCUUGAAGUACUAAGUCAAAGUAGUUAGCAAACACCAAAUUCUUGUUGCCUUUAACAUAGUACUCUAAGAUUUUAGCUUUUUUGUAACUUCAGCAACAGUUUGUAUGCCUUAUUCAGUGCAGUAUGUUCUGUAAGCCCAAGGAUAAUAGCUCUUGUGCAUGAAUGUUGGCUAUCCUAACAGCAUUUUUACUGUAACUGUAUAUCUGUGUAUUUUGUAUUUGCACAACAUCCCAUUCUCCUUCUCUCUAGCUAUAGUUAUGCAACAGUAAAGAUCCAUGAAUACAGACAGACAGUGAAAAGAAUUCAUCUGUGUAAAUAAGAAGUCCUACAUAACUAAAAUAAAGUAUUGUUUUCAUUAA